CUAAUUUGUUGCCGCGGUUCAGUUUGUGAUUUUGUUAGUAUAUUUAUGACUCUUUGGUACCUAAAAGCCUGAAACAAUUACCCCUCCUCAAUAAUGUACAGUAAAUGGACAUAUUCUUCAAAUUAGAAGCAGAUCCUUCAAUAUCCACACUUUCAUCCCAAGAGCAUAUUUGUAAAAAAACAAAAUGCUUGCUUCCGGUGCAGGAACCGGAGGUAGCAGCACUCCAGAUUCAAAUGAAUUUGUUCGUGGCACUAGUCCAGAAUUUACUGACGAAUUAGGUGAACUUGUUCCGGUACUCGAUUCAAUACAUUUAGUUCCCUAUAAAAAAAGUUCACUGGUUGGUUCCUCGUCUCCUUUUGAUCCUAAAAAAGUUAAAGUUACCGUUCAACGUCCUGGUGAUCAAAAAGCCUAUCAAUGUGGACCACAUCUUAGAAAAACAAAGAAAACAGAUUCAGAUGCUAUCAAAGAAAUUAAUCGUUGUCGUGAGGAGAAUACAACACGUUUAGACUUAACUAAAGGUCAAUUACACUUUCUGCCACCAUCAAUACGUGAUGUUGCACAUCAUCUAAAAGAACUUUAUCUCUAUUGUAAUAAAUUAGUGAAUUUGCCGAACGAAAUUGGCACAUUGUUUGCAUUGGAAAUUUUAAUGGUACAAGAAAAUUCAUUAAGUGAUUUACCAGAAACAUUAGCACAAUGUACACAAUUGCGUGUAUUAGAUAUAAGACAUAAUAAAUUAUGUGAAAUCCCACAAGUUGUUUACAAAUUACACAAUUUAACACAUUUAUUUCUACGCUUUAAUCGAAUUCGUGUAGUGGAUGAAGAAAUCAAAUAUUUAACUAAGCUUCAAGUUCUUAGUUUACGAGAGAAUAAAAUACAUACACUCCCAGCUGAUCCUGGUAUCGGUCAAUUAACCAAUUUGAUUACAUUAGAUGUUUCACAUAAUCAUUUGGAACAUUUAUCUGAAAAAAUUGGUCAAUGUCAAAAAUUGUGUACAUUAAGCUUACAACAUAAUGAAUUACGUUCGUUACCGAAUACAAUUGGUGAUUUAAAAAUGUUAGAAAAUAUUGGCUUAAAAUAUAAUCACUUGGAAUCAUUACCGGAUUCAUUAGCACUUUGUACAAAUCUUUUAGAAUUAAAUAUUGAAGGCAAUAAUAUUUGGCAAUUACCGGAGGGAUUGUUGACACAUUUGAAAAAAGUCUCCUGUGUAACAUUGUCACGGAAUUAUUUUAAUAUUUUUCCAUCUGGUGGUCCUCAACAAUUUACUUCAAUACAAUCUCUCAAUAUGGAAUAUAAUCAAAUAACUCGAAUACCAUUUGGUAUAUUUUCACGUGCUUCAAAUUUAACAAAAUUAAAUUUGAAAGAUAAUCAAAUUGGUGCUUUUCCACCGGAUAUUAAAAGUUGGACAAGUUUAGUUGAAUUAAAUGUUGGUACAAAUCAAUUAACCAAGCUACCGGAUGAUAUAGAAUAUUUAAUUAAUUUGGAAGUAUUAAUUUUGAGUAAUAAUCAAUUAAAACAAAUUCCAGUAACUAUUCGUGAAUUACAAAAACUACAAGUGCUAGAUUUGGAAGAAAAUCACUUAGAAAGUUUACCACCAGAUAUUGGUUAUCUAGGAGAACUUCAAAGACUAGUGGUUCAAUCCAAUAGACUGACUAGUUUACCUCGAGAAAUCGGUCGUUUAUAUAAUUUGAUUUAUUUAGCUGUUGGUGAAAAUGAACUUCAAAGUAUACCGAAUGAAAUUGGUGAUUUACAUAAAUUGGAAACAUUAUAUUUAAAUAAUAAUUUGAAUUUACACGAUCUUCCAACUGAAUUAGCUAUGUGUUGUAGUCUACAAAUGAUGUCCAUUGAAAAUUGUCCAUUAACUCAAAUUCCUGUUGAAGUUGUAACUGGUGGUCCUUCAUUAGUGAUUCAAUAUCUACGUCUACAGGGAUCUUUCAGUCAUAUAUAAAUUGUUAAGUGAUGUCAAAUGAUUUCUUCACCGUAUCUUUGAAAAUGUAAAGCAAUAGAAAAUAAUGAAUGAUACAUAUUGAAUGACUACACAUACCAAUUCAAUUGUGUUUAUGUAUUACCUAUAUGCUCUCAUAUGUUUGUACAUGUGUAUGGUGGGAUAUUUGUGUACUUCGAUUAUUAUAAAAAUCUUUGCGAUUUAACACUUGUAUACUGAAUUAAUUUUUGAAAUAUUUGAAUCUGCACAAAAUGUGUUUAUCAUGCAUGUUAGAUGGACAAUAAUAAGCUUUUUGUAUUGUCCAAUUGUCAAUAAUAUUCUUGUCUUAUACGUGUAUUAUACGUUGAUAAUUUUCUAUUCAAGCAGCUAACAAGUAGCUAACAAAAAGUUUAUGAGUGAUCACCUAAGGUGUCUUUCGCUUCUGAUUUUUCUGAUUUAUUUUUAUGAAUAUGUUGCUAACACACACCAGAUCAGUAGAAUAUCAGAAAAUGAAAUGUGUGUAUAAAAAAACAAUCAGAUUUCUUUCUUUACCAGUGUUUGUUUGUGUGUGUGUGUGUGUGGGUUAAUCUUUUCAUCCUUAAUUUUUUGUCAGCUACUAUUUUUUCACUUUCGUAAAAGUUUUUUUCUUUCAUGUGUUAUUUCUGUUUUCUAAAAUCUAGUCUCAAUGCAUACGCAUUUAAUGUACCCAGUCUGAUUGUAUUGUUAAAGCUGUAAUCACUUUUACAUGGCUAUCACACCCCUUAGAAUGAUGAGGGGAAAAGUUGAGCUGUUCUACAGCAUAUAAGAUCCGCAAUAUAUAUAUAUAUAUAUAAAUGUAUCUUUUCUACUUGCAUAUUCCUAAAUAAAGCGUAACAUUUAAAAUUCUAUGUAGUUAUUUAUUUUCUGUAAUUUCAUUUUGUUUUGUACGUUCUAAUUUGCCGACUGUUUCUUACUUUUUAUCAUUUAUCUACAUGUUUAUUUCUGGUUAUUUAUUUAUUUUUUAUUAUUCAGAAAAGUUUAUCUUUUGUUUUGAUUUCUUUUACUCCUAAGCUUUACUCUUUUUUUUGCUUAAUGCUUCUCAAUCAAG